AUGGAGUUAUCGAAGGGUCGAUGGGAGGCCUGGAAUCAUGGACUCGGGAAGGAUGUUGUAAUGAGGCCCUCAUAUGGUGAUGAAGAAUUCCUUCCCCACCCACCUGCUUCGAAGCAGGCCAAAGAGAAGAAGAGGAAAGGGUCUCUGAGUUCCCCGGGCUCGAAAAGGAAGAGACCAGCGAGGAGGUCUAGCAAGCCCAUGGGGGACACCAGUGCUAUUUCUUCAGACUCAAUCUGCCAAUUAAGGGAUGAGUCCGAAGAAGAAGAGGAAGAUAAUUCUAAACUGGUGGCCCAAGUGCGGGCCGGUGUCACUAUACAAGAAGUUCUUGAACCGGCGAGCGCUGAAGUUGAAACAUCCCGACAUGAAGAGGUCGAUGAGAGAGCUCUAGCUGAAGCUUCCGAGCCAGAAAGGGUCGAGCCCAUUCAGCCCCAAGCUAGGGGGAUCGAGAAAGAGACCAGGGACGAUGGUCCAGCCGAGGCUGAAGAAUUCAAGAAGAUUAUGGACAUCGUAGCCUCAAAAAAGGAAACAGUCGAAGCACAACUGGAGUCGGUCGAGACCCAGCUCCAAGCUGCAAAAGAGAAGGCCUCGGAAAACUUAGCUAAUGAACUCGAAGUGGCCAGAUCUGAGGUGGCCGUGGCCAACACUAAAGCCGAUGCUAAAGUGGCUCAAUUUAAGGUCGAUGUCGAGGCCAUCCAGGCGAAGGCCAAGAGCUUGGUGGAUCAUCCAAAAUGGCAAGAUCAAAGGGAAGUCCUCGAGGGAGUUCAUGCUCAGGGCUUCGAUAUUAUGGCCGAAAUCGAGAAUACCAAAGCAGAGGAAACUAGCGCCCGAAAGCUAGCCUUUUCUGAGGAAGACUCUGACAGCUUAAGCGAGUCCGAAGACGAGGAAAAUCCCUAG